GUCAACAUCUUCCAGACGGAGGGUCCGACCACCCACCCCACCAGCCAGCCCUGGCCAGGACCCCAGCCCGAGAUCCUGGCCCCCAGCCUGCCCAGGCAGACCUGGGCCAGCAAGUACAAGUUCCUGCUGUCCUGCCUGGGCCACUGCGUGGGGCUGGGCAACAUCUGGCGCUUCCCCUACCUGUGCUACCGCAACGGAGGAGGUGUCUUCCUCAUCCCCUACUUCAUCAUGCUGCUUGUCAUGGGGCUGCCCCUUUUCCUGAUGGAGCUGAGCCUGGGCCAGUACGGAGCCGCAGGGCCCAUCGCUGUCUGGAAGUGCUGCCCGCUCCUCAAAGGCGUUGGCGUUGCCAUGCUGGUCGUGUCCUCCUUGGUGUCCCUCUACUACAAUGUCGUCCUCGCCUGGGCUUUCUACUACCUGGGCUCCUCCUUCCAGAGCCCCCUGCCCUGGUCCUGCGCUGCCCCCGGGAACGCGG